AUGGAUGGCUUCUCCAAUGCUCAGGGAUGUGGGGCCGACCUCGUUCUCAUCUCCCCAGACAAAGUUGUCCUUGAGAACGCCCUCCGUUUCAAAUUCCACGCCUCAAAGAAUGUCGCUGAGUAUGAAGCACUCUUAGCUGGCCUUCGGCUAGCCAAGGAGAUGGGCGCUAAGUAA